AGACGUUGGAUUAGAAAGGGAAUGGAGCAUGUGGGGCUUCUCAUGUUCUCUUCUCCAUGUAUAUAAGAAUGGAAGACCUUUUGCUACCUUUUGCUUUCUUCAAUUUUUAUUUGCUUUUCUUCUUCAAUUCAUGAUCAACCCAGAUUGUUUUUUCUGCUCCUUUCUUAUUUUAUCAUUGAUUCCUCCAAAAGUUUUGGUUGUUGCAAGUGAUAUAUCUAUCUGCAAAAGAUUUUAUUUACGUUAAUCGCUUGCUUCUUUUUGUCUUUUCUUGUUUUCUUUUUUUCUUUAUUCAAAUGGUUUCUGAUUGAAUUGAGAAAGAUAUAGACUGCAUUAAAUAGAGAUUGUCCAUGGAAGAAACCAACAAACGAAGCAAGUUCAGGAGGAUGUGUGUGUUCUGUGGAAGCAACUCUGGCUUUAGACAAGUCUUCAGUGAUGCUACUAUUGAAUUAGGCGAUGAACUGGUGAAAAGAAAGAUAGACCUGGUUUAUGGUGGAGGUAGUGUUGGGUUGAUGGGUUUGAUAUCUCAGAAAGUGUAUGAUGGAGGCUGCCAUGUUCUUGGGGUCAUUCCUAGAGCACUUAUGCCUCUUGAGAUAUCUGGUCAAACUGUUGGAGAAGUAAGAACUGUUUCAGACAUGCAUGAGCGUAAGGCUGCUAUGGCCAGAGAAGCUGAUGCCUUUAUUGCUCUUCCAGGAGGAUAUGGAACCAUGGAAGAACUAUUAGAGAUGAUCACAUGGUCACAACUUGGAAUUCAUAAGAAACCGUACUCUGGACAGGUUGGCCUGCUAAACAUUGAUGGUUACUAUAAUUGUUUGCUUGCAUUGUUUGACAAUGGUGUCAAAGAAGGUUUUAUAAAGCCUGGUGCUCUUAAUAUAUUUGUCUCUGCUCCAACAGCCAAAGAACUUCUGGAAAAGAUGGAGCAAUACACUCCAUCUUAUCAGCAAGUUGCUCCACAUGAAAGCUGGAAUAUGGAGCAAUUGGGUAAUUAUCCAACACAACAUAAUGCACAGUGAAUGAUUGGUGGUAGGUCAUUCUCUUAAAAUUGAUUCCUGAUGUAGUUCAUCAUCAUUUAAGUUGUGUUCAAGAAUCUUUUUGAGUGUGGGGCUACAUAUUGUUCAUGACCGUACUUUUGUCGUUUUAAUGAUUUUUGAAUUAUCCUUGCUGUUUCACAACAUUCUAUGAUUUAUGGUCAAUAAAACCACUGUUAUGUGUUCA